GAUGCUCGUUUCAGCACCGCGGACAGCUCCCGGUGAAUGCAGCCAGCAGCAGCGGGUCGCUCCUCUCCUCCGCCUCAGAAGAAGAGCAUGUUUUGGGGGGUAACACCAUCCGAGGACAGGGGACUUGGUUUAAUCCAAUCCCAAAAUUUGUAGUGCCAGAUUACAAGACUAACCCAUCACAGUAGACUCCCGUGCACAAUCUCUCUGCGAAGUUUCUCGCCCGCCACUGAGAGACAGAACGCUUCCUCCUCCUCCUCCUGCUGCUGCUGAUCUGCACAGCCCGGAGAAUCUGUCCACGGGAAGUUGACGAGAAGAUACAUUUCCAUCAUUCUGUCUGGACUCUACCUUUGAAGAAGUUGUUUUGACUUUUUUUUUAUUUUUACCCCCAGCGUUUAGUUCCACUGCGUAAAUUCCUCUUUUUUGUGCGCGUUUCCAAAAGGAUUUGUUGGAUGAUACUCCGAGAAGCAAAGGAAGACAAGUUCCUUUCGCCUGCAAAAAAAAGGCUCUUCCAUUUUGUUUCUCUCUUCUCCUGGAGCGAUGGGAAUACAGCCACGGAUGCAAGGCUUUGAUGUGUCCGGAUUCAUCGCACCUCUCGUGCAGCUCUGAUCCUCUUUCCUCCACCGAGUCACUCAUGUCAGUCUGUUUCAUUUAACAUUCACAGCGGGACGCCCCGGGCUGCCAUCUUCCCCCACCAACCCACCCGCUCCCCCCUUUUUGACAACUGUAAAAGAGUGGAAGGUGAUCAUAAUGGCCAUGAAUCGAUGAACAUUGCGGGACACAGUUUAGGCAACUUUUCCCCCACCCUAAUAAUCCAUAAUCCAUCAAUUUUUGAAACUUGCUGUGCGUAGCCUAUCAGCAGCGGUUCAUGACGGAAAGCAUGGCGCUGAGUGGAAACUGUAGGACUAACCCAACCAAAGAGCAGGCAUUAGUGCAGAACAGUUUCCCAGAUGUGGUCGAAUUAAAUGUAGGGGGACAGGUUUACUACACGCGUCACUCAACUUUGGUGAACAACCCGAAUUCCUUUCUCGGGAAACUCUUCUCCUCCAAAAAAGAGGCGUCAAAUGAUUUGGCCAGAGACCCCAAAGGACGAUUCUUCAUCGACAGAGACGGAUUUCUAUUCCGGUAUGUUUUGGACUUUCUGCGGGACAAACAGGUCGUCCUCCCGGACCAUUUCCCAGAGAAAGGGAGGCUCAGGAAAGAGGCGGAGUACUUCCAACUACCCGACUUAGUGAAGCUGCUGACCCCGGAGGAUAUCAAGCAGAGUCCGGACGACUACUUUCACAGCGACUAUGAGGAUGGCUCCCAGGGCAGCGACCACCGUCAAUGCCCGCCACCCUCCCUGGUCCCGGCGGACAGAAAGAGCGGCUUCAUCACGGUGGGGUACCGGGGCUCGUGCACCAUGGGCCGGGAGAGCCAGACGACUGACGCCAAGUUCAGGAGAGUACCGCGGAUACUUAUAUGCGGGCGCGUGGCUCUGGCAAAGGAAGUUUUUGGGGAGACCCUGAACGAGAGCCGGGACCCGGACCGUACUCCGGACCGGUACACCUCCCGAUUUUACUUGAAGUUCAAACACCUGGAGCGGGCUUUUGACAUGCUGUCGGAGUGUGGUUUCCAAAUGGUGGCCUGUAAUUCAUCAGUGACCGCGUCCUUUAUAAACCAGCUCACCGAGGACAAGGUCUGGUCCAGCUACACAGAAUACGUCUUCUACCGUGGUUCCUCACGUUGGUCGUCCCCUCCAUGUGACUGCUGCUGCAAGAACCACAAGGGUGACGGUGAAGGCGAGAGUGGCACCUCCUUUAACGACCUUUCCACCUCCAGCUCUGAAAGCCACUCAGAGGCCAGCUCCCCACAGGGAACAGUCAUCCGUGGGCCGGUCAGCCGUCAGCAACACCCCCACGCCAAUGUCCAAACCCUCGACAGGCCACUGAAAAAGGGCCCCGUUUCCAUGAUCCAGCAGUCCGAACAGCGGCGGAAGAGCGACCUGCUGCGCACGCUUACGGCGAGUUCCCGCGACACCAGCAGCUGCAAGAAGAGGCCGGUGAAAGAGAAGCCGACGGUGGAGGAGGAACUGGAAAAGUGCAUUCAAGACUACCGCAAGAUCAAGAUCCCCGAGAGGUUCCCCGAGAGGAAGUACAUGUGGCAGGCUGACCUGCUGAGGAAGUAUCGCCUCUGAGGCGGGGAAAAGCGGCGGAAACGCGAGGCCAAGGAUCAGUUUACAUUUUUUUUGAUUAUGAUUUUUGCAACAAAUCAGUCGAGAAAAUUUAACUCCAGAUUCUGGGCGGUGGAGCGGUAGGCUAAACAAAGAAAGAAGGAAGCAUCAAACUUCUUCGUAUCUAUGUGUGUGUGUGUGUAGGUUAGGCCCUCUGUGUGUACUGUCCGUAUGUGCUUUGAGCAGUUUAUCCUUAACGACCAAUCAAAAUGGGGAAUAAGACAUCCUUUAUGAACUGAAACAACCAAACGAAGACUUAGCAAAUGCACACACACACUGGCGUCCAUCAGAGGAGCUGCAGUCUCACUCCGUAAAGACAAAAAAAAAACACUGAUCAAGUAUGUGAACGUGAGUGUUUAUGUGUGUGAAUGUACUUGCACCCAGGCGGCCUAGAGGUCACAGUUUUUGCUGUUUAGGACCUAUUAAUAAUGCAUGCCGUCCCGACAGGGCUCUAAAUACACUUGGAGCUCUCCGCUGCCAGUGGAGUGUAAACAGGUGGGUCAAUUACUUCACUUUUUAUUUUGUUUUGGCAACAUCUGCGGAUCUCCGGUGCAGAAGGAGUUACGAUUUCAUCAGCACUUCAAUUCAUUUUCUUCUUAUAAUUCCAUUGAUGUUGCACAUGCACAUGCACAUGCACAUGCACGCACCCCCCCCGAGUGAAUCAAAUUUCUGUGCGCCGCAUCGAUUUUUGCUGCGUCAGCGAGAUGUUGGGCAAUACCCAAUACCCAGGUUAGCGUGUGAGGGAAGUUAGAGUCAAGGAUUUGAUUUGAUGACCACACCGUUGGGAAAUACAAAGGCUCAAUAAAGAAAAGUCCUGAUUCGACAUAAAUACACACACACACACACACUCUUCCCCAUUUAUAUCACAAAUAUUUACCCUCGCCCUCAUUACUGCACACAAACGAUCGGUGAGGUGACUUAAACCAUGCCUACUGUGACAAGUGCAGUAAAUACAGACAGAAGAGGAUGGGACUGCUUCAUUUGCUGUCAAACACACACGGAUUCUUUCUACGCCGAGCGGCGGUCAUCGAUAUUUAUUGACGACGGGGUCAGUUGAUGGAGCCGAUCGCUGGUGGCUCUUGUUUACAGUUAUUAAUGAAGCCUCUGGGUGACUGAUGACGACAAGCUGUUCAUCUUUCCACUGGAAAACCAACCGUUAUUCAUGUAUUCAUUUACAGUCAAAGGGAUUUAAUGCAACAUGUGGCAAACAAAGAUUUAAAAUGUGUGCUUUCAAAUUAUUAUCAAUUCAGAAUUUAUUUAAAAUGACAUGUACAUGUGUGAGUAAUAAUAAUAAUAAUGAUAUACUAGAAGUUGUUUACUUUAAAAAAGGUACGGAAACUGAUAUCGCGAUCUCUGUUUUAGGAGAUUUAAAAGGAUUGAACUUGUAUAAUCAUCAAAACAAAAAAGGCAUCAGAGUUUAACAUGUUAAAGUGUCUUUUGUAAUUCAGAUAAAAGGCACGGCGUUACGUUACGUGAAGUGCUGCAGAGGAAAGAAAAAAAAGAAUCAAACCCGCAUGUCACAUCAGCCGUAUGAAAGAUUAGAUUUUUAAUAUGUUUUGCAAAGUUUAAGUGCUCACGUGUAAACGUGUUUGUUAAUCAUAGCUUCAGGUGCAAAGCAAGGUAUUAAUGAACGACGCGACGGCUACGACAAAAAAACGUUGAAUUAUAAAAGUUUUAAACAUAAUGGAUUGAGGAAAAGUUGGGAUUUAUGAACAAUCAGCUUUUGCAAAGCACAAACGACUUACAAUUCCAUUUGAUCUAAAAACACUCCAGAGUAAUUAAAUAGAAAUAUACAUUAUAUAUACACUCAAUUUAUUUAUCCUGAUAUGUUAAUAAUAAUAAAAAAAGAUGACUACAAAUGUUUUAUGACACUUAUUUUUCUAUUCAAAAGCUCUUUUUUGAAUUAAUAUAGAAUUAAAUGUUUCCCCCUUAACUAUUCGCCCUGUAAGAGAAGCACUUCAGGAGAUUUCCACACACAUUCAACGUUGUCUGUUACAGUUAUUAUAAUAUAUAUACAUAUAUAUAUAUAUACCCUGUUAUAUGGUUGCAAUAGGUGCUAGAUAUAAAAACAACCAUUGUCCUCACGUCGAUACCAUGAAUAUGACUUAUUUUUCUACAUUGCUGGAAUAGUACAUUUUCAUUUCAUCCGUUUAAGUUGAUAACACACAUCAUUGUGUAAGUAACCACCAUAAAUCACACAUAACCAGAAUAAUGUAUUAUACUCCGCUCUGUAUAUAACAUGCAAACCCAUGAGGCAUGACAGCUACUCUGUUCCCGGUGAUGUAGUAGACUCGCGCUAAUGUAACACAGGCAUUCUUGUUUCAUCAUCUGGAGCGCGAGGGACAUUAGAGACGAGGGAGAAAUUAUACACGCCUAUAGCACAUACACACACACACAUAUAUAUAUACAUAUAUAUAUAUAUAUAACAAACGAUAAAUCAGUCUUUGUUAUAAGUGAAAAGUGUCACAAACGGAUCGUCUGCUCAUUUGUCGACCGACUCGUAGGAGAAAGUCGUCGGUAACCGAAGACCUUUCAGCAGCUGGAUUGCAAUCAAUCGAUCGAUCAAUGGAUCGAUCACAUGGCUCAAGAACAUUAUAGGAAAAGAAAAAGAAGCAGGUUCACAACUCAGAAUGUUUAGCUGUGACCCUGGAGCUUUUGUUAUUGUGCAGCACAUUCAGAAAGUGUGAGGACAGUGAUUUCUCACACACACACACACACACACACACACACUGUUUUGGCACUGCACUCCAGAACAUUGGAGUGGAUUUAUUAUUUUUUUUUUAAAAGGGUGAAAGUGCUGACUGUUAACUUCUAAACUUGAACCAUAUGGUGUAAAACUUUUGUUUCCCCCUCUCACAGCUAGGAUAGUGUAGCGGGACAAUGACUCUGCGCCUACAGGCAAGACUCCAAAGUAUAUUCUAUACUUCAGUGUUGGUGCCUGAUCAAGUUUAUCAUUUGUCUGUGAUCCAACUGGUGGUGAUGAUGGAGAGAGUGGGUGAAGGAGAGCGAAGACAGCUGCUGCAAAGGCCUUACAGGGUAAGAGACAAGGAUGAGCAGCACCAAGCACCAAAUUAUUCAUAUCUAAAGGUUCAUAUUUCAUACACCAUUCAUCUAAAAAGGAUGUAAAUACCCUCCGGUGAAAGCAAAGCUGAGAAUCAGGACUUAUAUGUGCUAGUUAUUCAAGUACAGAGGACAUCACUCCUUGAUUUGAUGCAUGUUAGGAUUCAGUACUGUACCAAUAAAAGAAAAACACAUCGUCUUUUAUCAAAUUCAAGAAUCUACUAAAAGUGGUUUGAAUUUCCUGAACCAAAAAUGUUAAUUUCAACACAUUUUUCCAUUCAAUUGAGGUUCAAACCAAUCAGUAACAAACAGCAAUGGCUUACUUUAUUAUUAUUUUUGCUAUGGUGUGAGCGCCGUGACCUUCUUCCCCGCUGAUGAAGGGCGUUGUCAGUUACUCGUACAAAUAUUAUGUGUUCUAACCACUGCAUCGUCAAUCAUCAUUGCAUAGUUAUUUAAAUAUCCUUUCAUAAAAGAGAUUUUAUGUCAUAUUUAUCUCGCACACGUCACACUCAUUUCAGGGGAAACAGUGGAUAAUAUUGUCAUGAUCCUGUUUGCUCGACUUUGCCUGCCGUCAUGAAAAAGACAUUUGGGUUUGUUUACUUUCAGUGACAUAGUGAGCCGGGAUCCGUCGCUGGUAAUGAACUAUAGACGUUAGACACGAGUAGAAAUGCUGCUGAACAGACAUGCAGUGAAAUGGAUCGCACACCCGGAGGCCUUUUCGAGGAAACUACCGCUGUUUUUUGCACAAUGUACAAAGUUAAUAAAAAAAAAUCACACAGGAAAGUAUUUCAAAAAAAGAGAAACAACUGCGUUAAUAAUGCACAACACAGCCACAAUAUAAUAACAAUAAUAAUAAUACUAAUGUGAGGAUUGUGAGAGAGUUUUGUUGUAUUGUAGAUCAAGAUUUUCAGAUUUCUACCCUAGAGCAUGUUAGACCAUUAUUGAGUUCCGUGAGACACGAAAUGAACAAAUGUAAAUGUUUUGCUAAAGAACGAGUGUCUUCUGUGUUAGACGGAGAAGAGAAAGCGGCGAUGUUCACGUUGUCAGUUUCUGUUGGGUUCUUUUGGAGUGCCAGGCGACAGUGUGAUUUUUCUUUUCUUUUUCUGAAGUUCUAGUUCUAUAUUGCAAGUAAACCCUGUGGUCAUGUGUGCCAGCCCUAUUGUUUUCCCCUCCUGCCUUUAAAGAGCCUGCAAAGAAAAAUGCAUUAUUGUCCGAUACCACCACGGUAAAACAACGGGGCGUCUGUUUUUGAUGUAUGUUGUUCUGACUUAAAAAAAAAAAAGAAAGAAAGAAAAAAGAAAAUAUGGUUAAACAUUGUGAGCAUGUUGGUAUACAGAACAGAUUCCACUUAGUCUGUUUGUGUGAAAAUGAUUAUGUCAAAUACUGAUAUUUAACAGAAAAAAAGAGAAACCUUCAAAAAAAAAAAACACAAAAAGAUAAGCACAAACGUGUCGAUAGUGUCUGCUGUUCCUCUACAGUUGUAUAACAUUAUCAAAUUAAAAAGUCAGCUCUGCAGCUUGACCAAACUCCUGCAACACAGAGCAAGUCUCACUACACGUUUAGGAACGGUAUAGAGUUUGUCGUACCUGUACAAUGUCGAUAAAGAUUCUCGUGAACCCCGUCUUUCAACACUCGUCCGGCUUUUAAACUAAACAUUUACUUCAAUGUGACUCAAAGAAGUAAAUAUCCAGUCCUGUGAGAGUUGCCCUGUGUCCCAGGUGUGAGGUCCUGUUAACUAUGGCUGCCUUUAGAGACAAUAUCAUUCAUCUGAGAGUGUUUAGAUACAAAGUACAGUAUAGUCAUUUUCAAAAUGUAUGAGUGCAACUAAUAAACAAGAUAUUCUGUACAGUGA